AUGGACGAUGACUAUGGGAGUUCCGAAAAUGAGCAAGAUGAGCUGGAGUUUGGUGAUGACAUGGAGGUAGACAAUGAAGUCGAGGAUGAAAACGAGGACGAGGAGGAAGACCAGGAUGAGCAGGACGAGCAGGAAGCAGAAGUCGAGGCAGAGCCCGACGUGGACGCGGAAGCCGAAGACGAUGCGCAGCCUACCGCUCCCGAUGGCGGUGCCACUCAAGAUGCCACGACGCGUGUGUCAGCAUCGCAAGCACCGCCAAAGACUGCUGGCCAAUGGCGACCCAUCCUGCGCCAAGAGUAUAUUGACGCUCCUCUCUACGAUAUCGUGCCUACUAUUGCCGCUCCUCAAGCCACCAGCAUCAAUGCUAUGGCCAUCACCCCGGACCUGCGCUAUUGGAUGACCGGAGGCUCUGAUGGCUAUAUACGCAAGUACGACGGUAUGGCAACCAUUAACGGCAAGCAGCUUUUAACAGUCGCCCAGCGCCAUCCCUUUGUCGAUAGCGUCGUCAAGGCCGGCGUGCUCAUGAGCUACUGGGAAAAUGAGGAGCCAGCCCCUCCGAACGCACGUCCGGAGGAUAGAAUUCUGUCUCCAGUUUACAGUUUGGCCAUUCAUAGUCGGGCGUUAUGGCUCCUUAGCGGCCUGGAGAGCGGUGGAAUCAACCUGAUGAGUGUUCGUCACGAUGAAGGCAAAAGAAUACAUUGUCUCAAGGAUGGACAUACAAACGCCGUUAGUGUGUUAAAGCUUGCUCCUGACGAGAAGAGUGUAUUGAGUGGCGGCUGGGAUAAGGUUGUUCUCGACUGGGACCUCAACAAUGGCAACGUUAUUCGCCGUUAUGAGGGAAGUGCUGGUCAGAUCUCCGCGAUCGAGUGGCGUCCGCUGAGCGGUGCUCCGAUACCCGCCGAAGCAGGCGAACCCGCAACAAAGAGUGAUACUUUCUUCGGUGAUACGAGGCCACGGAUUACCGGCUUAUUUGGGCAGGACAACAGUUUUGGGGGCAACACCGCUAACGGCACUUCGGGAGCUGGCGGGGAAACCGGCGGCUCGGACGAUCACGAUUCCAUCUUUGGCAGCCCCGCCGGAUCGCUUUUUGGCGAUAAUGACACCAUGGGUGGAGGCGGAGGUUUUGGAGACGAGGACGACGAUUUUACCAGGGCAAUGGAUAUGGCAAUUCGGGAGGGCUCAAACAACAACACACUGGAUCACUCGGGUGAUUUCACAAUGACUGACGUUAACGGGCCGUCAACAACGCAGUUGGAGUCUUCCACUGUACAAGACGGGCAAUCAGCCCAGCAGAAGGGGACUGGUACCAACAGAGGGGAAUCUCAUGUCUCUAAUAGCGACACCAUGAGCAGCCAGACCGUUCAGGGGCAAUCAGAUAGUCAAGCCCUAACAGUUACAGAUUCGCAAUCGCAGCAGCAGGCUUCUUCAUCUGUCACUGACGACCGACAACAAACUCAAACCACCAGCACAAACGAUGCAGCACAAACGCAACAGCAACCGCAGCAGUCCUCCGCAGACCAACAAUCACAAACCCAGCCAAGCCUCAUCGUUGAAGCACCCCAACCCCCGCCGCACAACGACCCCACUCAGUGCUCCUCUACAACCUUCCUCAGCGCCGCCAUUGAUGGCACAAUCCGCAUCUGGGACCGCCGCAUGCCCAACCCUGUCGCACGCAUUAACAACCGGCGUGGCGUGCCCCCCUGGUGCAUGGGCGCAUGCUGGUCAAUCGACGGCAACUUCAUCUACGCGGGCCGGCGCAAUGGCACAGUUGAGGAAUACAGCAUCCACAAGGCAACCUCCUCCUGGGAGCCCACACGCGCACUCAAAUUCCCCAACGGCAGCGGCCCAGUGUCGUGCGUGCGGCCCAUGGUCAACGGGCGACACCUGGUGUGCGCGAGCUAUGAUAUCCUGCGGUUGUACGACCUGAGGGAGAAUGCAGCGUUCAAGCAUAGCAAGGUGCCGUUUAUCAUUAUCCCAGGUCCACCCAAGGCAGGCGUCAUCUCGGAUCUGUACAUUGACCCGACGUCGAGAAUCAUGAUCUCCAUUGCCGGCACGAGAGGAUGGACCGGUACCAGCACAGAGGUGAUGAUUGGGUACGAGAUCCACGUCACAAAAUAA